AUGAUAUGUCAUUCUGAGAAGUCAAAAGAGAACCUAAACUUGAAUCUGGAGCGUAUAAACAGGGAAGUUGUGGGGAAGGGAGUCACACCCCCAACUGUUGAAAACAAGAAAAGAACGGCAACAUCUGUCGAGUCUGGAGAAACUAACAAAACUGGCGUAGAAAAUCCAGUUCCCGGUAGAACUGAAAAAGCAGAAUCUGUGCCUCGUCUUCAUAACAAAAAAAUCAAAUCAGGAACUUUGAUUAAAAUAUCUAAAGAUUUUGGAAACUUUAGACAAGACAGCCAAACAUCCUCAGGCAGUAGCGGUCUGUCAACUUCUAGCAAAAAGGCAUUACGAAAUAACCAGUUAAGUGGUUAUACUUCCUCAUAUGAUCACCAGGGGAGACAUUCUUGGAAGAGAACACAACACCAAUCAUCUACUUCCGGUCACUGCUCUUCAACCAAAGUUCCAGAUUUCAAGUCUAGCACCAAAGAAAUAUCCAAACAGGAAAAAACCAAAACUCAAACUUCUACAUCUUCCUCUGAAGUUAUCCAUGACUUAUUAGAUAGUCUUCCAUCUGAGUGUGGUCAAAGGUCGUGGGUGACGUCAGUACCUGCAGACGAGUCUUCCAGUGAAUUACCUGAUUUUAAUAAAAAUGUAGAUUUAAGAAGUGAAAAAAUAAUACUUUUGAGGACAAUGAACCUGGAGGUAAUAACUACGAUGAUAGAGAAGAAGGAAAAAAGAAGAAACAUAUUGAAAACAGUAAAAAUUCCUCCAAGACUCUCACACACCUUCAUGUAAGCCAACAAGAAUAUAAUGCACCAGAGCCAUCUAACUGGAAUGAUGCAAAGCCUACUGAACCAUCCAAUGAAAUUGAAGAUGUUUUGUCGUCACUGGUUUCUGACCUAUCAGGUCCUGCCAAAGAAUGUUUGAAGGUGCACCACAAGCUACAUCAGGAAGGUUUAAAAAUACCAUUAAAUAUUUUACAGCGGGGUCUACUGACACCAACAGAAAUGCGAGAACUGCAUGAAAUCAGAACAAUUCAGAAAACGUGAUAUGGUUUUCUCAUUAGAUAUCUAUACUAUAAAACUGCUUAUGUCUAUUGGUUUGUUGGUUCUUAACGAAAAUUCUCUAACUUCUCGAUUAUUGAUCUUCAUGAAAUGUUCAGGAGUUUUUCGAUAUAUCUCUGGAAAAUUCCAAAAUCUCUUAUUUUAUUCACUAUCUCAUUUUUAAAAACCUGACAGCCAUUUAUUUCUCUCCGAGCGAAUACCGACGAAUGAGAGAAACACACACACGCCGUCUCGUCUUCGUGAAGACAAAAAAAUAUAUAAGUGCGACGCCUGGCGUUUGUAUUUUUGUUAAUUUACAUAAAAGUGUUAU